UUCGAGCGAACUAAACGUGGUCGAAAACGGCCUGUUAAAAUUUAAAUUGAGUGUAUGCCUCUAUUUCAAUCGUUUUUGCUGUUCUACUAUACGGUUUGCGAACCUUUGUUUGACAUUAAAUUAUCCGACCUGUACAUUUUAGAGGACCAUUCCGCUCGCUAAGAAAGAUGUCCGGACUAGAUGGCAACAGUGUGUUCAUGGGAGAAGCUCCCGAUAUGAUGGACGAUGGAGAUCCUAAUAGUCUGCUGCGAGCUGUUCAAAGGUUCAAAGAAUUUCUUUGCACAUUCCACGAGGGAAACUUCGUCUACAAAUACAGGGAUGAGCUUCGGCGACGGUACAUUUUGGGACAGUACUAUCUGGAUGUUGAUAUGAGCCACCUGUUCCAGUAUGACGAAGGCCUUUCCGAAAAACUGACAAAAUUCCCUGCCGAUUAUCUGCCUAAGUUCGAAGAAGCAGCGAAAGAUGUAGCGGAUGAAAUCACCCGCCCACGACCAGCUGGAGAAGAACAGAUGGAAGAAAUUCAGAUCAUGCUCUACAGUUCUGCCAAGCCGAUCAAACUGCGUGACGUUAAGAGCUCCUAUAUAACCCAGUUCGUUAAAGUGCAUGGUAUCAUUAUAUCGGCUUCCGGAAUUCGAGUUAGACCAACAUCGGUUACGCUUGAGUGCACUGGCUGUGGAUACCAAAAAAAGGAUCUGAAGCUAAAACCAGGCUUUGAAGGCAUCGCGAUGCCCCGGAGCUGCGAUAACCCCAAUAUCCGCAUGGGACAAAAGUGUCCUAUGGAUCCUUUUGUUAUUCUUCCAGAGAGCUGUUUAAGUCUAGAUUUCCAGACAUUGAAACUGCAAGAAGCGCCUGAUGAUGUUCCUGUUGGCGAGUUGCCCCGGCACAUCCAGUUAUACUGCGAUCGGAACCUUAUCGAUCAAGCCGUCCCUGGGAAUCGCGUAACCGUACAUGGAGUCUACUCAGUUCGCAGUGUUGGCAGUAAACAAAAGGAUAAAAGCGGGGCUGGAAUUCGCAUUCCGUAUCUGCGUGUGAUCGCCAUGGAGGUGGAUCGGGAGGGUAGUGGCCGAGCAGGGACUCUCGUUGGGCACAUGUUCACAGAAGAGGAAGAGGAAAGCUUUCGCCGGCUUUCUGCCGAUCCGAAUGUGUAUGAAAAGAUAGCCAAAAGUAUUGCUCCAUCCAUUUUUGGCUACAGCGACAUUAAGAAAGCCAUUGCGUGUUUGCUCUUUGGAGGCAGUCGGAAGCGGUUACCGGACGGGUUAGCUCGCCGGGGGGAUAUCAAUAUUUUGCUCUUGGGUGACCCUGGAACAGCUAAAAGCCAGUUGCUCAAGUUUGUGGAACGUGUGGCUCCGAUUGGAGUGUAUACUUCCGGCAAAGGCAGCAGUGCCGCAGGGUUAACUGCUGCAGUUGUCCAGGAUCCAGUUUCGCGGAAUUUUGCGAUUGAGGGUGGCGCGAUGGUGUUGGCGGACGGUGGCGUUGUGUGUAUUGAUGAGUUCGAUAAAAUGCGCGAGGAUGAUCGCGUGGCCAUCCAUGAAGCCAUGGAACAGCAAACCAUCUCAAUUGCCAAAGCGGGAAUAACCACCACGCUAAACUCUCGUUGCUCGGUUUUGGCAGCGGCUAACAGCGUUUUUGGCCGAUGGGACGACACGCGCGGGGACAUGAACAUGGAGUUUAUGCCCACUAUCCUGUCCCGCUUCGAUAUGAUUUUCAUUGUUAAAGAUAUUCACGAUAUGGCCAGGGACCGCAUUUUGGCAAAGCAUGUCAUUGGCGUCCACAUGAACGCCGAACUUAUCAGUGAGGAACAAGAGGGAGAGCUGACGCUUAAUUUUUUGCGAAAGUAUAUCCUGUAUUGUCGCGAUAAAUGUGGUCCGAGAUUAUCUGAUGCUGCGGCUGAGAAACUUAAACAUCGCUAUGUGCUUAUGCGCAGCGGUAUCCGUGAACAGGAGGGAGACAAACCACCGGCAAUUCCCAUCACAAUUCGCCAACUGGAGGCGGUUGUAAGAAUUUCGGAAGCUUUGGCAAAGAUGCAGCUGAUACCUUUUGCCGGUAUUCAGCACGUCGAUGAAGCUCUACGACUGUUCCAAGUAUCUACGCUGGAUGCAGCUGCCUCGGGAUCGUUGUCAGGAGCCGACGAGUUUACCACUCAUGAUGAACAGCAGUUACUAUCCCGUAUCGAAGCUCAGAUCAAAAGACGUUUCGCCAUCGGCUCCCAGGUCUCCGUUCAUAAUAUUAUGCAGGAAUUUUCUCGACAGAAAUAUCCGGAUAAUGCCAUUUCCAAAGUUAUUAGCGCUUUGGUUAGGAGGGGCGAAGUACAGCAUCGGAUGCAGCGAAAAAUGCUGUAUCGCGUAAAAUAGCAACCGAUGUCUUUUUACAUAUCGUCAAAAUAUUGUUUUUUUAAUUUUUUAUACAAGCUGGUGUUUUCAUCGUUGAAUGCUUUUCAUUGACCAUCAUGCAAUGUUGCGUUUACUGUUUUGCAUUUUUUUUACAUUUGGAUAUACGUCUUUGAUGGCAUGGUGGGUUUAUUAGUAUGCACGACACGAGUUUGGCUAUGUAAAGGCAGA